GAAAUAUAUAUGAGAAAAAAUAAGAUAGCAAAGAUAUACAAAUUAUUAAUUGAGAAAAAUACGUGAUUCAUACAAAAAUAUAUAUAUAUAUAUUAUUGGAAGAAUAAAAGAAACAUAAAUGAGCAUUACACAUACUAACGUUUCCGGCAUUCUCACCAAAUAAUUGUUCUACCCAACGAAAGCAAGAAGAUUUCGUAUACAAAAGGCUUUCUUGGAACUCUGUGUGUUUGUGUGAUGUGUGUGCGUGUAUGCGUGCGCGCGCGCGCGCGCGUAUGUAAAGGAUGAGUACAAUAAAGGAAGGAAAAGCAUUACGUUCGCUAUCCUAUUCACAGUCUUGUUACUCGUCUGAACUAUUGCAAAUGCCUUUCACAUCAAGGUGGGAUUCAUUUCUAUGUGUGCUACAAUUGUGUCUUCUUCAUCAUCUUCAUCAUCUUGAUUAUCUUAAAGAUUCGAAUGAGGGCGCAUAUUCCUUUUUUUUUCUUUUUUUAAUUUUAAUCUUCUAAAAUUGAGAUUAUAUUGUCGAAGAUCAAUUAUUUUCAACGAAUUGAAAAGACGAAUUUAAGAAAUCCAUGUGUAUUGAACACAAAUAUAUAAAUAUUAAGAAAAAGAAAAAAAAAAGAAAAGUACAAAAACCUUUCAAAGAAGAAAUGAAGAAUUGAGAAAAAAAUCAUCAUCUAAGGACUUGAACGAGAAAGUUAUUUCCUUUUUUUUUUUUGUUUUUUUAUUAUUAUUAUUAUUAUUAUUAUUAUUAUUAUUAUUAUUAUUAUUUUUAAAUUAUAAUCACUUAAAAUUGAUAUUGGUAUAAUCGAAGAUCAAUUAUUUUCGACGAAUUGAAAGGAUGAAUUUGAAGAGUCCAUGUGCAUUGAAUAUAAACAUAUAAAUAUUUAACAAAAAAGGAGGGAUAGAAAUUUUUGAAAGAAGAAAUGAAGAAAUAAAAAUAAUUAUUUCAAAAGCACCAUCGUCGCUACUGCUAGUCGUUCGAGAAAAUUUGUUAUAUUUUUUUUUUUUUCCAUUUUUUUUUAUAUUUAUUUAUUUUUUUUUUUUUUUUUUUAUUUUUUAUUUUUUUUAUAACAAUCGAAGGGAAUGACUAUGUCCACGACAACACCAACACCAACGCCAACGCAGAAGGUAGCUCGAGGACGAGGGCCGGCAGAUGGUCGUGCUUUUUUCGAAACGUUAUGGCGUGGUAAUUUUUUCCUCGAUCGACAGAAAGUUUUCAAACGCGGUCGUAAACGUAAACUGCAACAAGCUUUAAACGAGAAGAAACGUGCUCAAUUACAAAUGCGACAACAUUGUUGUUGUUGUCAACGUAUACAGCUUCAUCUUCUUGCCGGACGAGGAAACAAUGUUCGCUCUGUUGUUAGUGUUCGAGAAACACAUCAGAUAGCCGAGGCACAACAAGAAAAAAAUGCUAAAUUGCGGGAAGCCUUUGGAAUAUCAGAAUUCUUCGUGGAAGGAAGUAGCCUAGAUCCGGAAAGGCGGGCACGAGAAGCCGAGGCAAGAGCGGCGGCGAACAAGGUUUAUGAAUUAGUUCGCACUCCGAGCCCUGCUCCGGAUACUACCUCUGCUCCGGAAAAGAAGAAUAAAAGAAAACGUUCUGGUAGCACGUCCAAGAAGAAAAAGGGAAAGAAGCAUAAAAAAGAAAGGUCCGAAUCUCCAAGGACGUCCAAGAAGAAAGAAAAAGCUAAGAAAAAGAAAAAGGAGAAAAAGCACAAAAAGGUAGAGGCCAGUUCUUCUGACAGUGAAUCCAGCGAUGAUACCGAAGAGAGCUGUUCGUCUGAAGCUGAAUCAAAAAAGAAGAAAAAGAAGAAAAAAAAGAAAAACAAAGUUGAAGGAAAAGAAAAAUCUGAGAAGAAAAAAGCAGCGCUAAAGAGGAAACAUCAGUCAACGGAUAGCUCUACAGACAAUUCUCCAGAGAGGCCAAAGAAAAGAACGAAAUAUGAUAAAGUUGUUGUAGAGAAGAAUACGUUUGAUGACGGUGAAAAUGUUACAAAAGAAUAUCGAGUAAAUAGAUCUCCAAAAAAAGCAGUAGAAAGAUCAUCUCGCAAUGAAACACCACCUAUUAAGAAAAAGGAAUCAGCUACAAAGAAAACUAUUAUUAUAGAUAAAAGGGACAAGUCACCACCGAUUACACAUAAAACCCCACCACCUAGACGUCAUAGAUCUCCAUCCAGAGGUAGAGCAGACAGAGGAAGAUCUCCAAGAAGAUAUUCGAGAUCACGACGCGUAACAUCUUCUCCGAGAAGAAGAAGGAUUUCAAGGUCACCGCGACGUUACAAUAGAUUUUCUAUUUCAAGAAGUAGAAGUCGUUCGAGAUAUGAUCGUUAUGGAUCAAGACGUAGACUUUCUCCUAUACAUAGACGUAGGAGAUCAGAUUCUCGUAAAAGAUCUAGAUCUCCAAGAAGACCAAAAGAAAGGAGAGAUAAAUCGCAGGAACGUCGUAGAAGCCGUACUAGAUCCAAGAGUAGAUCUAGACGAUCGUCUUUAAGUUAUUCACCAGUACGGAAAAACCCGGAACGUUAUAAGGAUAUAUUAGAAGAUAAGAAAAAGCGAGAACAAAAAAGAGAUCGGGAUGUUGUUAGACAAAAAUCUCGAUCAAUAUCGAAAGGUAGAAAAAUACAAAUGAUUACACCGCGAGUAAGUUUGAGAUCUUCUAGUGAAGAUGAGGGUGAUAUAGCGGACGAUGAACCGAAACAAGAAGAUGAGGAAAAAAUUAAGGAAUUGAACACGUUGAAACGUUUGCAAAGUGGAUUAGCUGCGAAGGCUAGAGAAACAUUAGGGAAAAAGGUGAUAAGUCCUGUAAAAGUUAAAUUAGAAAAGAAAGAAGAAUCGGUUUUCGAUAUAGCAUUACCGGUGGAGCCACCAAAACUAACGGAAGACCCAACAAAUUCUUCUUCUUCUUCCAAAGAAAAAUUAAUAUCACCUGUACGGUUACUUCCUGUACAGUCACCAGUUUCCAGUCGAUCACCUUCACCAGCAUUACCAUUGACUCGUGAAGAAGCUGCUAUAAAAAUUCGAUCGCCUAGCGAAUCACCACCUCUCUUGUCGCAAACACUAUUGGAUAAAACUAGUCCAAAGUCACCUGUUAUGUCGGCAAUUGUAACAACAAUAAUAACAACACCAACAACAGCAAUAACAACAACAACAACAACAAUAACAACAAAACAGUUCUCUUCGGGUUCCAGUAAUUCUAAAAGGAGUUCUCCAAUAAUUGUCCAGAAACCUUCUCCAAAAAGUAAUUCUUUGACGCAUUCACCACCUAUCACGACUUCUCACAAAGAUGUUAUAAUAAAGUUAAGAUCUCCAAGUGAGUCACCACCAUCUUUACCAAGUGACACUAUUAACAAAUCCGACACAAGAUCCCGAUCUCCAAGUACAUCGAAAAGAAAUUCUCCAAUACCUAGGAAACAUUCUUUAAGAGAGAAAUCAUAUUCCAGAUCUCCGUCAAGAUCAUAUACAAGGUCAUUAUCUUUGGAAAAGAAGUCUUCCAGAUCACCGAGACAUCGUUCAAGAUCUUUAUCCAGAAAUAGAUCGCGUUCGCGUGCUCGUAGCAAAAAAUCAGUAUCUCCAAAGCAUAGGCCAUCGAGAUCUGGGUCUAGAUCAAAGAAAUCACCGAAUUCUCUUCAAGCACAUUCGAAAAGAAUAUCAAGGUCAAGAUCUUCCUCUGGAUCGAAACACUCCCCAUCGAGAUCCGCGUCAAGAUCAAAGAAGUCACCUUCUCAAUCCCCUGGAAAGUCAAGAUCUAGAAGUAGAAGCAUAUCGUUGUCAAAAAGAUCUAGAAGUUGUUCUUUAUCGAAAAAAUCCAGAAGUAGAUCUCUGUCGAAGGAAUCUAGAAGUUGUUCGGUAACUAAAAAAUCAAGAAGUCGUUCUUUGUCCAAAAAAUCGAGAAGUCGUUCAGCCUCAAAGAAAUGCAGGAGUCGUUCGUUAUCAAAAAAAUCAAGAAGUCGAUCUAGAUCGGCCUCUAGGAUGUCAAGAGAGAAAGAAAAACGAAGUAGAAGUAGAAGUACUUCUCGUUCUUCUGUCAGUUCGGCAAGGCAUAGUCGUCGCAGUUUUUCAAGUUCUACACGAUCAACCAGCAGCGUUUCUAGUAGAUCCUCGCGCUCAACUUCCAGCAGUUCGGGUUCUAGUAGAUCCCGUUCACCGUCUAUACCACGUCGUCAUGGUUCGCCUAGUUUUCUUGAUAGACGUCGUAUUACAAGUGCCAGGAAACGACCGAUUCCAUAUCAUCGACCAACUCCAACGCCGCCUUCAUCACCAAGUAGUUCAGAGAGCAGUAGACACAGUAACUGGUCGAGUCAGAGUCAUCGAUCAAGCUGCUCUCCGAGUCGAAGUCCAUCUUACACACGUUGAAACGUAUUAAUCGAAUUGUCCUUAAAAGAGAACAUGAUGUUCCUUUCUAUUAUAUCAAAUUUGGAAUAAGUUCAUUUGUUUGUUUAUAAUAGCACAUACCUAAGAGAUUAUCUAUAGUUUAUUACAUAUUUCAUUCCAAAUUUGAUAGAUAUAGUUUUAAUUCUUCAUAAAUUCUUUACGAACAAAUUUGCUCUCCUUUAAAUCUUCUAACUCGAUAAUACUCAUCGAUGGUUGCUCUCAUCUCUUAAAUAUUAUGAACUUAAGUAUAUUAGUAUUAUUCCCCUUCCGGAUAACCGAUCCUCUUUCCAAAAAAAAGAGAUUAUAGAUCAUAUUUGUAGUCGAUACGAUGCAUGCAUUUUGGGAGAACAAUACUAUAAAGCACUUUGUAUAGUAAACUAAAGUUAAGUUAAUAUAAUAUUUAUUUUAUUAUAAUUUAUUCUCGAAAACGUAUCAAAUAACGUUUGGAAAGAUGAUAUUUUAAUAAUAAUGGUAAUAUGUGUAACUUAUGGGACUUUUAUAAAAAAAGAAAAGUGUUUAAGUUACAUCCUUUAGAUUUGAACUAAUGGAAUCUUUCUAAAAAAAAAAAGAAAAAAAAAAGAAAAAGAAAAAGAAAAGAAAAGAAACGAUGUGUGUCCUAA